UCAGUGUUCUCGGACCCUGCUGAGGCUCGAAUGCUGCUCCGCUCCCGUCGGGCCAACUCCUUCCUGGAGGAGCUGAAAUCCCCCUCGAUGGAGCGGGAGUGUGUGGAGGAGAAGUGUAACUUUGAAGAGGCCAGAGAAAUCUUCCAAACCAGGGAAGCCACACUGGAGUUCUGGACGGUGUACACAGAUGGGAACCAGUGUCGCUCCAACUUGUGUGUUCAUGGAGCCUGUGUGGACCUGGACCAAGCCUACUCCUGCCGCUGUAACCGUGGAUACGAGGGCAGAUACUGCGACCAACUUGUAACCGCCACUAACUGCUCUGUGGAAAACGGCGACUGUGACCAUGAGUGCACGGAGAGCGAGGACGGUCUGACGAGGAGCUGCAGCUGUGUGAGCGGAUACAAACUGCACGACAACUUCAGGAAAUGUGUCCCGAGAGGUCCCUCGUCCUGUGGUCGGCUGCUGAUCAGCAGGUCGUCCUACACCAAACCCAUGGAUGGUCUGCUUCCGUGGAUUGUGGGAGGGGAGGUUGGGAAAAAGGGGGAGAGUCCCUGGCAGGUGCUGCUAAUGGACUUCAGAGGAGCUUUUGUUUGCGGCGGCGUCCUCAUCGAUCAGAGCUGGAUCCUGACGGCCGCUCACUGCCUCAAUUCCAACCCAAGAUUCAGAGCUCGACUCGGUGACUACGAGCGUCUCAGAGAUGAAGGCACCGAGGUAACCCUGAAGGUCAUCAAGACCUUCAAACAUCCAAAAUACAACAGCAAGACGGUGGACAACGACAUCGCCCUCCUGCGUUUGGAGACGCCCGCCCCAUUCUCCAGUUACAUCAUUCCUGUUUGCCUGCCGGGACAAGAUUUGGCCGAGCGGGUGCUCCACCUCAACGGCACCAUCACCGUGGUGACAGGCUGGGGCAAAGAAAACCAGAAUACAACCCACUUAAGCUCUGCGCUCAACGUCAUCAAGGUCCCCCUGGUGAACCACAGCUUCUGUUCUCAGCAGAUGGCCAACGACAUCUCCGACAACGUCCUCUGCGCCGGGAUCCUCGGCCAGAACGGGGAUGCCUGUGAGGGGGACAGCGGCGGACCGAUGGUCACUCUGUACCGAGACACCUGGUUCCUGGUUGGCCUGGUGUCCUGGGGCGAGGGCUGCGGCGGGAAAGACAAGCUAGGCAUCUACACCAAGGUGUCCAACUACAACGAGUGGAUCAACAAAGUGCGUGAAGAAUGGAACAACCAUCCACAACCACCGUCAGUCAUCUAAACCACCUCCACUUGAUCCAGUCUGGUUUGUUAAAUUCAUUAAUACACUUAAAUAAAGUCAUCCUGUCUAAAAAUGGCUGAAAAUAAAGACACCAUCACACCCGAGUUACAGAUCAGUUAUCACAUGGAUUUUGGUCCCCAGAGGAUGAAUCCCACUGUUUCAAAUGAUUCUCAGAUUUUUCUUCUAGCUCCACCAACAGUUUGAUUCAUAUUUUGCUUCAGUCAGUGGUUUCAUUUUGGCGUCAUUGGUGGAUAUUGGGAGGAAUUCAUGAACAAACAGAUGUAAAUAUUAACGUCUUGAUGAAGGUAAUGAAAUGCAAUCAAACCCCGCCCCCUACAAGUUGUGAAGCUGAGUGGAGCUUGGGUCAUUGUUUUUACAAAGUCAUAGCUGUGCUUAAUUACCUCCACUAUGUUUGAGCAGAAAUAUGGAAACACUGCCAAACCGAUUUCCUGGAAAUUGUGUGGCGAUGUGGAGCGCGACCCAAGAAAGAACCAACAAAAUUUUGUUGCUGACCAAGGAAAAGAAAAAUGUAUGUCCGUCUUUGAGACCGUGAGAACAUUGUUCAACAUUUUCACUGAUUUCUGAGAAUAAUUCAUUGAUCUACUUUGAAAAAUCCGGCAUGUUGAGAAGUGUGUGUGUGAUUCGGUGCAGAUCUAAAUAAAAAGAAUCUGGAUCUAGUGAAUU